CGGAGCAUAGUGGAGGAGGAGGAACCUUUCCGACAUGUCGCGACACUUCGUCGUCAUUGCCCCUGGCAGGAGGGUCGGAGUCGUGGCCUCGACCUACAAAGACUUCUUAAGAAAGUGCCGAAGUAUUCUAAAAGUUAAGCCUAUUUUUCAGAAGGAGAAAGAACUCACUGUCACUUUAGUCGAUGGUACAGAAGUUGACAAGGAGUAUUUUGAAGUUCUCGUGAGUAAUACAGAGCUGCAAGUGUCACCAUCAGAAGAAUAUAGAGCACCAGAUUUCAUCCAUCAGUUAGCAGUUUUCCUAAAUGCAUGUCUUCAGUGCCAGCCAAAAAUUCAUGAUAGAGUUCUUGAAUAUUUGCAAGAGGCCAAAAGUUCUGCCAAGGCAAAAGAACUCUUAGAGCUUCUUGCUAAAGUUUCUGAGGAAGUAGCAUCAGUGAGUUCCCGAGACAGUGAUUUUGAAUGGUUCAGAGGACUAAACACCAAGUUUAAAACAAAAGAAGCUGUCAUGCAAAACAGUGCUGAGACUAGGAUUCGAAGUUACCUAUAUCAGACGAAACAAGAACUUCUUCACAACGAUCCACCGGAAGGCUCGCCACAAAGACAAGCUAUUACGUUCUUCACGCAGCAGUUGUCUAGCUGUAGGUAUAAUAGAAAAUAUUUUGACCGCACAGCUGCACCCAGUGAACGUCUGUGUGAUUCCCAUGGCCUCUUCGAGUGUGAGGGACCGUACGAUAAGAACAAGUGUGAUAGCAUUCAUUUUAUCAACCCAUACACAUCAAGAGAGGCAAGAAUCAUAUUUUCUACAUGGAAUCUUGAUCAUGUAGUUGAAAAAUCAAGGACAGUUCUUCCUACAUUAAAAUCAGCUCUCUCAGGACCAAAGGCAUCAGUAGUGAACUUGUCCUACUUUUAUAACUUACUGUUCUGCCAUAAAAAUGGUAUUGCCAAAAACUCCAGCGGCAACCUAAAGCUUGUUCAUAUUGCUUGUCAUGUCAAGAAACCUCAUGAGCUUCAGUGUGAGCAUCGGGAAAUUUAUUUGUGCAACAAGACGUCAAAAUUUUCUGAUGCUGUUGAUGGAAAACAAUCACGGCAGUGUCCAGUACAUUCCAUGAAAACUCGAUUCAAACGGAAAAACUGUAAUUUAGACCACAUCACAAAGAAGAGACCUCGAGUGACAAGAAGACAUAGUGAUUUGACACGUGUAAAAUGAGAUGGGACGAGUCUAGGGCUGUGUGUGGCUUUUCUGCCUGAGGCCCUGGCGAGCCACAUUGCCUAGAUGGAGGCUGAUGUGUGAACACUAGCAGCUGUAUGAUGGCGUUCCUGACUGUCCCACCUCAAAGGACGAGGACAUUACCUUCUGUGCCGCCUUCCCAUCUACGAAGGAUAUGCACAUCACCAAAGAAAAUAAACCAGAAAUGGAGUGUGAGGGAGGUGCCUCGACCAAGGCAGUCUGCACAGACAAGGAGUUGCAGUAUAAUAGGGGGAAAUGCAUCCGUUGGUUGUAUGUUUGUAAUUGCAUUGAUGACUGUGAGUCUGAAGAUGAGAUACCUUAUGCAUGCGCCAUGGCCUCCUCUGGUGUUGAAAAGAACGACAUUCAUAUACGCACUCCUGAAGAGAACACAGAUGAUGGCUUGGUAGAUAUGCAUGUUGAGGAGGACGACGUUUUAAAUGAAGUUGAAGGUUUGGAAUCUUCUUGUGUGGAUAGGAGGCUGCAAUGUGAGGAAUUACAUAAGUGUGAUGAGGAUCCUCCUGGAGACUGCAACAGGGACUCAAACAGCAGUACAGAUCUCGGCAAUGCAAUGGUAAAUGGCACUAACAGCAGUAUUACCAUAGCUGUCCCACCGACAGUGGACAAAGACAGGGUCUGUGCUUGAUGACCAGCUCCAGGAGAUUGAUUCCUGCAGCUCACUUAAGAAUUAAAUUGAAGAUCAUAAAAUGUCUACAUCAUACUAUUCAGCAAGAACAGAAAACAUUAUUCUGGAAGUCUUGGAUGAAGACUAUACCAGUAUUUUGGAAGAAAAAGAUGUAGUACUUGAAGACCAGAAAGAAGUCAAUGCAAUUUCUAUAAUGAAAAGUAUUGAGGACAGAGAAAACACAGCACUGGUUGUGGUUGCGUAAUCUCCUUAUCCAGAUGGUGAAGAAGUCAAAUCUUCAAAUCUCAAGUAGUAUGAUAACAGUUUGCAACCACAUUCUCUAGAUGCCAGUUUACUACUCAGUGCCUGGAACUUGACCAAUGGGACAGCCAUUGAUAAUACAACAUCUGUACUUGAUGCACCAGAUUAUUUCGAUAUUCAACAGCUCAUAUCUGAUUGCUGAAAGAACUGAUAAUGAUACUAAUGAGGACUAUAAUUCAUCAAUCUCUGAAGGAUAUGAGUAGUGAAGAAACUGGAAAUUUAACUACUCUGGCACUUGGUAUUUCAAAAACCAGUAACUCCAGAGAAGUAUCAGACAAUGAACCGGUUAAUCUGGAUGACGAGAGGGUAUCCUCCAUAGAGUAUAACCAACCAAAUGAUACUGUCAGUGCUUCUUUCAAUGAUAGUGCUUUUUUCAAUGAUACUGUCAGUGCUUCUUUCAAUGAUACUGCCAUGAUUCUUUCAAUGAUAUUGUCAGUGCUUUUUUCAAUGAUACUGUCAGUGCUUCUUUCAAUGAUGCUACAAGUAGUUUAAUCAAUGAUACUGUUAGUACAGCUACAAGUGUAUCUAAUCAGAAUAUUCACCGACAACUGAAAUUUCAACAUCGAGUUAUAUACCAUCAAAAAAACGAGACAACAGUGUCGGAGAGCACAAUUCAACAGUACUGGAAGCGAUGCUGCCUCGUUUCCGAUUUUGAGAUCAUCUGUUUAGCUCAAUUAUUUUUUUUAUCUGUAUAUAGAAGAGUUUUUAUAAAUUCAACAGACACUCGACAACCAUUAUGCUCUCGAGUGCUAGACAGUUACCACACACACUUAAACUAAAUACUGCUUUAUUUCAGUUAUAACUAAACGUUGGUUUAUUGUAGUCACAAUCUUAUUUAAUAAGGAUUAUCUUUAUAGCAAGUGAAAUAAUGUUGUCACUAAGUCCUUUAAGCAAAAUAAUGAAUAUUUCUAAAUACAAAUUUAAUACAC